AUGGACCGACUUAAGGCAGCCAUUCUGAUCGUCUCCGACACAGCCUCUCAGGACCCCGCGUCCGACAAGACGGCCUCCGCUCUGACGCCCAUCUUGACCGCAGAGGGGAAGUGGGAAUCCCCCGCAAUCAAGAUCGUUCCCGACAACGUGUUCCACAUUCAACAGGCGGUUUGCGACUGGACCGAUGGACCCAAUUGGCAUAACCUGAUUCUACUCAGCGGAGGGACCGGCUUCGCAGUCAGAGAUAUCACUCCCGAGGCUGUCUCUCCCCUGAUACAUCGACAUGCCCCGGGCCUCGUUCAUGGUAUGAUCGCCGCUUCGUUGAAAGUAACUCCAUUUGCUAUGAUGUCCAGACCAGUUGCUGGUGUUCGCGACAAGACUUUAAUCAUUACUCUACCUGGCUCUCCAAAAGGAGCCGUGGAAAAUCUCGAAGCUAUUGUAAAGCUUCUUCCUCACGCCUGUCUCCAAUCCGCUGGAGCUAACUCUCGCAACAUGCAUGCCGCUGGAGUAAAGUCGUUGGAGGCCGAGGCUGGCUUUUCAUCGGGCUCAUCUGUCACCCAAACUCAACACAAUCACCAUCAUCAUCACCAUCAUGGCCAUGGCCAUGGUCAUGUAGUCGUGAAGGCACACACUACUCCCCGCUCCAACGACCCAGCAGCCGGUCCUGGCCGCCGUUACCGUGCGUCACCGUACCCAAUGCUCUCAGUGGAGAAGGCGCUCUGCGAGAUUAGCGAGCACACUCCCGAGCCCAUUGUCAUUGAAGCCCCUGUGAACGCAUCCACCGUGGGCUGUGUCGUCGCUGAAGACGUUUACGCCGCCGAGGCGGUGCCGGCAUACCGUGCCAGUACCGUUGACGGCUACGCCAUCAUUGCCUCCGAAGGAGCGAACACAAGCGGCACUUUCCCCGUAGCAUCAAUCACUCAUGCCAACGUCGGCGGUGUUCUGGUGCCACUUCAGCCAGGAACUGUCGCUAGAAUCACCACUGGCGCGCCUCUCCCUCCCAAUGCGAAUGCCGUAGUCAUGGUCGAAGACACCGAGCUGGCCACCACCACCCCCGACGGCAAUGAAGAAGCAACUAUCCAGAUUCUCGCCGAGGACAUCCUUCCUGGUGAAAAUGUCCGCGAACCCGGCAGCGACGUUGCUCUCGGUUCAAAGAUUCUUUCGCGCGGGGACAUCAUCUCUCCCAUCGGCGGUGAGAUCGGUUUGCUUGCUGCCACCGGCACCCAGACGGUUAAGGUAUUCAAGAAGCCCACCGUAGGCGUCUUGAGUACUGGAGACGAACUUGUGGAGCACGACGAUCCCCGCCCUCUCACUGGUGGGCAGAUCCGGGACUCCAAUCGUCCCUCGCUCAUCUCAUGCCUUCAAUCAUGGGGCUUCUCUACUGUCGAUCUCGGCAUUGCACGCGACACACCCGUCGGUGAAUUGGAACAUGCUCUACGCGACUCACUGCGCGGCGUUGGCCGUGCCUCUUCCAGUGUUGACGUGAUCGUCACCACCGGUGGUGUAUCAAUGGGUGAGCUGGAUCUCCUCAAGCCAACCAUCGAACGAUCUCUGGGCGGCACUAUUCACUUCGGCCGUGUUUCUAUGAAGCCCGGAAAGCCUACUACUUUUGCUACUAUCCCCUUCAAGGCGGCUACUAGUGACUCGGGAGCCCUCACCCAGCAAGAACGCCAAUCAAAACUCAUCUUCUCUCUCCCCGGAAACCCCGCCUCUGCCCUGGUCACUCUCAACUUGUUUGUCCUUCCCUCACUGCAUAAGCUCUCUGGUCUUGGCGAGAAUUCCCAGGCACUGUCCACUAAGCCCUGGAUGGCGCCGCAGCUCGGACUGCCCCGCGUUGCCGUCGUCCUGACGCACCACUUCCCUCUCGACCCCAAGCGCACCGAGUACCACCGUGCCGUGGUGACGGGCUCCCGCUCCGAUGGCCGUCUGUAUGCCACCAGUACCGGUAUCGAUGGCGUCGGACAGCGAAGCUCCCGUGUGGGCAGCCUUGCCGCCGCGAACGCCCUAGUCAUCCUGCGCCCUGGCCGUGGCGUGGGCAUCAAGGGCGAGAUCAUGGAAGCGUUGAUGAUGGGGCCUGUCCAUGCAUCCGACACCCGGAUCAUCUGCUAA